CCGCGGCGCGGCGACACCGGCGGGGCUGCUGUGCGGCGGUGGAGCGCGUCCCGUGACGUCACGGCGGAGCAGCCAAUCGAGGAGCGAGGAACAGAACGGCCGGCGUUCAAAUCCUCCGCCUCCCCCGCCCGCCCCUGACCCAGCGGCCCCGGCGCGGCGGCGUGAGGCCGGUGUUCCCCGGCAGCAGCUACCGGCGGCGGGAUUCCCGAGGAGCUUUCUCUGUGGAAGAAUUAACAGUGAAGAGACCUCUGCUCUUAACUUUGGAAAAAGCAGGAAAAUGGCAUCAGAAGACAUCACUAAGCUCGCAGAGUCACUUGCCAAAACUAAAGUGGGUGGUGGACAAUUGAGCUUCAAAGGCCAAAGCCUUAAACUCAACACAGCUGAAGAUGCUGAAGAAGUGAUCAAGCAAAUUGAGGAAUUUGAUGGCCUGGAAGCCUUGCGCCUGGAAGGCAACACAGUGGGUGUGGAGGCAGCAAAGGUUAUUGCCAAAGCCUUGGAGAAGAAAAGUGAGCUCAAGAGGUGUCAUUGGAGUGACAUGUUCACAGGCAGGCUGAGGUCUGAGAUCCCUCCUGCUUUGAUCUCUUUGGGGGAUGCACUCAUUGCUGCUGGAGCCCAGCUGGUGGAGUUGGACCUGAGUGACAAUGCCUUUGGGCCAGAUGGUGUGCGUGGCUUUGAGGCUCUGCUGAAGAGCCCUGCAUGCUACACUCUGCAGGAACUCAAGCUCAAUAACUGUGGCAUGGGCAUUGGUGGUGGCAAGAUAUUGGCAGCUGCUCUGAAAGAGUGUCACAGGAAAUCAAGUGCCCAGGGCAAGCCUCUUGCUUUAAAAAUAUUUGUGGCUGGCAGAAAUCGUCUGGAGAAUGAUGGUGCCACUGCCCUGGCUGAAGCCUUUGGGAUCAUUGGGACUCUAGAAGAGGUCCAUAUGCCACAGAAUGGAAUUAACCAUCCUGGCAUAACAGCGCUGGCACAGGCCUUUGCUAUCAACCCACUGCUUAAGGUUAUAAACUUGAAUGACAACACCUUCACAGAGAAAGGAGCUGUGGCCAUGGCUGAGACUCUGAAGGCGCUUCGGCAGAUUGAAGUGAUCAACUUUGGGGACUGCCUGGUGCGUUCCAAGGGUGCUGUUGCUAUUGCUGAUGCUGUUAAAGAAGGGCUUCAUAAAUUAAAGGAACUGAAUUUGUCUUUCUGUGAGAUCAAACGAGAUGCUGCUCUGACUGUUGCUGAAGCUAUUGAAGAUAAGACAGAGUUGGAGAAAUUGGAUCUCAAUGGUAACUGUCUGGGAGAAGAGGUGUGUGAGCAGCUCCAUGAGAUCCUUGAAGGCUUCAAUAUGGCAUCAGUGCUGGGAUCUUUGAGCGAUGAUGAAGGGGAUGAGGAUGAUGAUGAUGAGGAGGAAGAUGAUGAGGAAGAGGAAGAAGAGGAGGAACAGCAACAGCUGAAGGAGAGGGGAGCAGAAGAACAGGAGUCACUGACUCCUAAGAAGAUAAUUGAUUCACAGGCUUCAACUCCAGUGCCAUCUCCUCCUGUGGAUGUUGCCACAUUCCUUGCUUUCCCAUCACCAGAGAAGCUGCUGCGACUAGGACCAAAGUGCUCUGUGCUGAUAGCUCAGCAGACAGAUACAUCUGAUGUAGAGAAAGUAGUUGCAACCCUCCUAAGGAUAUCCUCAGUCUUCAAAGAUGAAGCCCCAGUGAAAACAGCAGUGCAUGAAACAACAGAUGCCUUGAUGAAAAAAGCCUUUGGUUCUGCCACAUUUAAUUCAGAUGCAUUCAUCACAAACCUCUUGGUCCACAUGGGACUACUGAAGAGUGAAGAGAAGAUCAAAACUGUUCCAAGCCUUUAUGGUAUUCUUAUGACCUUGAACCAUAUGGUCCAGCAGGAUUAUUUCCCUAAAUCCCUGGCCCCAGUUCUCUCUGCUUUUGUUACAAAACCCAACCGUGCUCUUGACUCCUGUUCAUUUGCUCGCCACAUGCUCUUACAGACCCUCCACCAGCUGUAAGAGACAAGAGAUGUCAAGAUGGCAAGAGAGAUGUCCUUCCUUCCCCCAAGGACUGUCAUCAGCAGAGAGCUCAGAGCUGCAUAGUGGGAGAGGAUCCCAGAGCCCAUACAGACGUGCUGUCCGGUUUUUUUUCCUUGUAGGAAGUCUGUCCUUCCUUCUGCUUUCAUCAACUUGAACAAAUCCUUGCUGAAUUGUCUUCCUACUCCUCUUGAAGUGAUUCCCUGGUCUGUAGGGCAGGUGCUUAUGCUAAAGUAAGUCUGUACUGCUGUGAGCUCAGCAUGAAUUAAAGAGUUCUCCAUUUUGGCUGCAUUGGCAAGGGUGCCAAGACUAACAGAGGGCCCAGAAGAGCUCUCAUCUGGAUCAACCAUUGAUCGAGUUGGGCAUUUAUUUUAUUGGACUUUGACUCCUGCCUUAUAGCAUUUAGCACUGUGCCAGAGGGAGGCUGUGCUGCUGCUGCCUUGCUUCUCUGGGCCAUGGGGGUGCUGCUCAUGGCUCAGAAGGGUGAUGUGUGAUCCCCUUUGGUUCUUCUUUCAGGUCUGUUGUCAAAGGCAGUGUGUGGCUGAUUUUUAUUUUGAUAUACUCUUCCCCUUCUGUGGCUUGGAAUAUUUGUGUAGUGUGGCUGAUCCUGGUGGCCAUUGCUUAAGGGAGCGAGCAUAUUUUAUUGUAAAUUUUUUUUUGCCAUUGCCUGUAUUUUUUCUUCCUGCCCUUUUCCUUCUCACCCUGAAUUAAAUAGGCUUGGUUUGGAAAUGAAUGCAGUCCAUGAAAUCCCUGUGGAAUGUGUCCCUCUCUCUUCCCUUUGACAAAACACUGCGCCCGUGUGCACUGUUCACAUGUUUGAAAGCCAAGCACAUGUAAGAACAUGGAGAGAGAAGGUUGUGCUUUUCUCUUGCACUGAACAAGUAGCAGCAGAUGCCCCUAAGUCUGUCUGGAGGAUUGUCCUUGUGUCCAUCUGUGCCUUUGAACCACCAUGGCGUUCCUCCAUACAACUUACAAAUGUUUGUGUCAAUUGCCUGAAAUAUUAUGUAAAUAAAAAAUAACUCCACAGCUUUAUCAUGAUUUAUAAAACCUA